GAGUACUCGAUCGCCGUGAGCACCAGGUGGCAGUGCGCCGCGGAUCUGCGCAGGGAACCGACCAGCCGGCGACUCGCGAGCGGUGGCACCGGCCGCGGCCGCACAACAGACUCUGUGGAUUUCAUUGCGUUGAAGAUCCUGAGUACUCGAUUCAGAGAAAGAAAACGAUGAUCCAUGUUUUCCUAAACUGCAACUGUGAAGCUCCUGUUCGUCAUUAAGAGAUGUCAGCACACGAAUCUGGAAGCCUUUCAAGCAUUUCUUAUUUUUCCCUGGAGUGCUGCAUGAGUUGUGCUACAUGUGCUGCAAUGGCGUUGAGGUGCAGCUGAUCACUGCUGCAUAAAUAUGUUACUUUUGUAGCAUAUAUAGCAGAGUUUUUACAGGGCACAUCGAGCCGGUGUGUGCAAAUAAAGUUCUACGAUUGGAAGGCAACAUGGUAGAUGAAGAGGGUCAGAGGGCUGCUAUGGAGACAGGAAGUACGACAGGUGAUGGCGACAGAACUGUCGACGAUAGGGAAUGUACACCAUGCCUCAACGCCGAGAGACAGAGCGAGCACUUGAGUCCCUUGUUGGUAGGCAACCCACAUUCCCUUUCUGCUGCCACUCUAGCCAAGUGCAAUUUUGCGGCUACGAAGUACAAAGGUCAGUUGCUGCGACUGCUUCUGGGAGUAUCUCUUGUCGGUAUUGCAUUGUCCAUAUGGUUCCUUGAUCCUGUGGAGCUUCUUAUCAGAAAGUUGUUAGCCUUUCAUGAAGGAUCGUACUUAUAUGAACACUGGAGGAAUCCUCCGGUACCAAUCAAACACAAUGUUUUUGUGUUUAACGUAACAAAUGCUGAUGGUUUCCUACACCGUGGGGAGAAACUUCGUGUCGAAGAGGUUGGACCAUAUGUAUACUCGGAACAUCUGGACAAUGUUGUUCUUAACUUUAAUGAUAAUGGUACGAUCACUUACAUCCCUAAUCGUACAGAGACAUUUUCAGAGGAACUGUCAGAAAGGAAUGCCAAAGAAGACAUCGUUAUAAUACCCAACUUAGCCCUGAUUGCGCUGAUUUCGAUAGUGCACAAGUAUCCUUUUUACCUUAGAUGGCUUGCCAUAAAGAUGCUAGCCCCACUAAAUUUGCAACCGUUCAUCUCCAUUACUGUGAACGAACUGAUGCUGGGAUAUGAAGACCCGCUCGUCACGCUGGGCAAUACGUUUUUAUCAAAGUCUCUUCCCAUAACCAAAAUAGGAAUUUUUUAUCUGAUUCAACGGAUGAAUGACACUAUUACCAUGUUUACCAACCCAGACGACCUGUCGAGAACAGAUCCCAAGCUUUACAGCAUCGACGUGAUGAAUGGUUCUCCUGGUUUAGAGAACUGGGGAUACGGUGAAAAGUACGUAGAGACAGCUAAUGGCACCAUCGUUCCAGAACUGCUGAAAUGUAAUUCUGCUCGAGGCACAUACGAAGGAGUAAUUUUACCAAGGUAUCUUCCAGAGAACGAGACUAUGUGGGUAUACCGAAAGUACUUUUGUCGGCCUAUACCAGCAGUAUUUGGGAAAAACGUAACAGCAUAUGGUCUGAAGUUACGCCAGUACAAAUUAAAAGAUGACGCAUACGACACUCCUGACAAGAAUCCGGAUAACUCGUGCUAUUGUGAUGGCCAAAACCGAGAUUGUCUACCGGCAGGUGUAGCAGAAGUUUCUCCUUGUUAUUUCAAUGUCCCAGCUGCGAUAUCUAACCCCCACUUCCUGAACGGAGAUGAAAGUCUUCUACAAGCUAUCGAUGGGCUGUCUCCAGACCAAGAAAAGCACGAGUCAUAUUUCUCAGUUUCAACGGAUUUGGGUCUGCCAAUUGAAGGAAACUGCAAAAUACAGAUUAACCUCAUUGCAAGAACGAGCGGCAUGAAAAGUAUUUCUGCUUUCCAUGGCAUGUUUUUACCGAUAAUAUGGUUUGAGACGGUUAUCGGUCCUUAUCCUGACGGUUUGAUGCUUCUGAUUAGGGUGGCGCUGAAUGAGGGUCCAAUGAUCCUGAAAGUACUUGCAGUACUAUUUCUCAUUGCAGGUUUAAUAUUAGUGCUUAUGAUCAUUUCGCAACAGUUUUAUCCACUAACACACAUGAAAAGCAAAUUCAAUGCAGUUCGUUUCCGAAAGAUAAGUGAAACAUAAUUCGAAAUGUCUAUGGAGUCUGAGUACAAUAAGGACUCACAGACGGAAAUAAUUUUAAGACUAUCAACCCUCAAUCCAGUACAGGGAGAGUCGCCUGUUGCAAACAAACGUUCAAUGAACACAACAAGCUGUUUGUGUGUUCUUCUACAGUAGCCGAGUAUGAGCUGUCUCUAGUAGAACAGCAUAUGAACUGAGUGCUGGAGCUCACAUGUUCACUGCCGUUGAGUCUUUUACUAAGACUAAACAUACACUUUUGCCUUCCAGUUCCAGGACAUACAAUGAACACCGCGCUACACUGUUUCUCAGAAUCUUGAAAUACCGUAGUUGAAACUGUAUGUGGUAGAUAAGUGAAAUAUCACCGUAAAUACAUGUGCAGUUCGAUUACAGAAAUGCCCACAGCAGAAAGUAAUGUUAAAAGCCUGGUUUAGUAUCCCAGAGAGAAGUACACGACACUAAGAGCAAAUUCACAUUCAGUAAAGGUACCAUCAUACUAUGGAUUUCCCCUGCAUUAGCAGGAAUAGGUCUGUUUGCAGUAGUACCUGAAGUUUUGCUGGAUGCAGAUAAUGCAAGCAGAGCCUCUGUUCUCGUAGUAAUGUUA